AACGGAUGUAAAUGCGCAAUGCUGGUCAAGAAAAAGAGAUUGUCGUCAAGAGCAGACGAGCAAGCCCUUAGUUGGGGCAGGCAGCCUGGACGUGGCCGGGCUGCUUGCACUUGUAGCAGACACGGUCGUGGCUGAUCUCGGCAGAGCAGUCGCGGGAAAGGUGACCGACCUCACCACCUGUGAUAGACAGUUACACUUCUGGCCCUGGGUGCAGUCGCGGGACAUGUGGCCGAAACCGCCGCAAGAGUA